AACAGUGCCUUUCUCAGUUGCGAAGCUAAAUCCAACUCUCUCUCUCUCUUUCUCUUUCGCAGAAACCCUAAAACCCCCCCUUUUCUCUGAAGCUUCAUCAAGCUUUUGCCCCCAAAAACACGCUCUCUCUCCCAAUCUUCUCCUUCCGAUUCUUCUUUGCACACUUCAUUCCCUUCUCCUUUCGUAGAUUUGUUAUCAUCUCAAGGUUAACAAUAUCUAAAUUUCUUGAAGGGUCAGACUUUGUUAAAGUGCAAGUGCUAUGGCUUCUUCAUUGGAUAUGUCACUUGAUGACAGAAUCAAGAACAGGAGUAGCAGAGGGAGAGGUAGAGGACGUGGUGGAGCCCGUUCUGGCCGUGGACCUAGCAGGACUCUUAAUGGUGGAAGAAUGACUGGUGCCUUUGGUGGUAGAAGAAUGACUGGUGCUGUUAAUGGUGGAAGAACAACUGGUGCUGUUCGUAGAGGUCCUCUUAUGGUUACCACGCGGCCAUCAUCCUAUGCUAUUGCCAAGUCUAUUCGCAGAACCAGGCCUUUUCCAUGGCAGAAUGAUUUGUUUGAAGAUAGCUUAAGAGCUGCAGGGAUUCAAGGAAUAGAAGUUGGCACCAAGUUGUAUGUUUCCAACUUGGACCAUGGAGUAACCAAUGAAGACAUAAGGGAACUUUUCUCUGAGCUUGGAGACCUGAAGCGCUAUGCUGUUCAUUAUGACAAAAAUGGACAUCCAAGUGGUUCAGCUGAAGUUGUCUAUACUAGAAGGAGUGAUGCAUUUGCUGCUCUCAAACGAUAUAAUAAUGUACUUUUGGAUGGGAAGCCCAUGAAGAUUGAAAUUGUAGGUGCUGAUUCAGAAUUGCCCAUAUCUGCUCGUGUGAAUGUCACUGGGGUGAAUGGACAGAGAAAGAGGACAGUUGUGAUGACGCCUGGAGGUGGUCGAGGUGGAGGUCCAGCUUUGGCUAACCGUGGUGCUGGUUGGGGACGCCGUGGUGGCUCAAGGAGUGCUAUUGGUAGUGGGAGUGUACGUGGACGUGGUGGAGGACGUGGGGGCGGCCGAGGCCGUCGUGGCAGGGGUGGAGGCCGGGGUCGUGGAAGAAAGGGUUGGGUUGAGAAGUCGGCUGAGGAACUUGACAAGGAACUGGAGACCUAUCAUGCUGAGUCCAUGCAAAUCUCUUGAUCUUAGAAGUAGUCUUAUUUGCUUUGUACAGAGGAGCUUUAAGUUUUUCCAUGGCGUUACUUGUUUUUUAUUAUACUGGGCUGUUAAAUGUGCCAUUCUUGUGAGGGUCUGAAUGAUUGCUUUGGUGAUUUUAAGUUCAGAUUAUAUAGAUUAUUGUUGCAUUUUUGCCUAUUGUUAUUGGUCAAAUUUGCAAUUGUCGGGCUCCAUUAGCUGGUCUCCCAGUCUUCUGUCUUGAAGAUUUUCUCAUCUUACAAGAAAUUAGUUUUUUGGUUCA